CCGGAUCCAACAGUGGCCAUGAUGAGCAUCGAUCUUGGAGCAAUAGGCAACCAAGUAUCCGUCCCUCUUUCCGAGUACGUCGUCGGAUGUCGUGUCUACGGGGCACAAGACACUCUCCAGUUGAACUCCGUGACAGACGCCAAUGGCGUCGUGUCUUUCGUUCAACCUGCAGUGGCAAAUCCCAACGAUGCAAACUACCAUAAGAGGUUUGGUAUCUUGGAAUUUUCCUGGACGGCAGGGACUUCAUGCGCGAAUCCGAGCCAUGUGGACUUUGCCGAUGUUGCUGUUGGCCUGGAGAUGAUCACUUACAGUGGUGCUCGAGGAGGGAAGAUGUCUGUCGUUGGAGGGCUGCAGGGCGAUGCCAAAGCUCGGAUUUGCGAGGAAUUGCGGAAGGUGUCGAGCGCGCAAGCUCCAUGGUCGGAAGGUUGUCUCCAAUCUGCUGCUGCUGGAAUCACUCGAGUCUUGGCGCCCAACGAGGUGAUCGCAGCCAACCCUGCUGCAUUCGAAGGGUACUUCAACGCACACCACCAAACCAUCUUGGAAACCUACUCGAAAACGGCAUUGAUCAUCAAGACCGGAUCGGGAGGAAGUAUCACUUGUUACACCGACCCUCAGAGCAAGAUGUUACACUGUGAUGGCGUUGCCUCCGUACACUUUGAACCCACCGCCGCAGAAAUCUUCACCUGUAUGGGGCCUUUCCGCCAGGGAAGUAUAGAGGUCAUGCAAAUGAUAUGCGCCGCAUACAAUCGAGGCACUUUACUUCUCGACGGUGGGUCCGUGCAGCCUUCGCUCGGCCGUGCUUCCUACUACACAUCCCCUGUGCACAACGCCUACGCUCGUGCCGUCCACGGACAACUGGCAAAUAGUCAGGGAUAUGCCUUUGCCAAGGACGAUAUUGAAGCUCGGCCGGAGGAUGCGCAAGCUGGUCUUGUGUGCACU